ACACCGCGUCGCUGCUGUCCUCUCCGCUGUCUAUAAACUUCCGCCUGUCAGAGCCGGUGGUUCUCUUCCGCCGCGAUCCGAAUUCAACAUGGGGCGUGUUAGGACAAAGACUAUAAAGAAGGCCUCCCGGGUCAUUAUCGAGAAGUACUACAUGCGCCUGGGCAGUGACUUCCACACCAAUAAGAGAGUGUGUGAGGAGAUCGCCAUCAUCCCCAGCAAACCUCUCCGCAACAAGAUCGCAGGGUAUGUGACACACCUGAUGAAGCGCAUCCAGCGCGGUCCAGUCAGAGGCAUCUCUAUUAAACUGCAAGAGGAGGAGCGCGAAAGGAGGGACAACUACGUCCCCGAGAUCUCUGCUCUGGACCAAGAGCUCAUUGAGGUGGACCCAGACACAAAGGAGAUGCUCAAGAUGAUGGAUUUCGGCGGCCUUUCAAACCUCCAGGUCACCCAGCCCACGGUCGGCAUGAACUUCAAAACACCAAGAGGACUGUAAACAUGUUCAAAGUGCUCAAAUAAAAUGUUGAAGGGAA